AUGGCUCCAGCUCCUAUCGAGGAACACGUUGUGGUUGGGAAUGGCAAGACCAAGACGCCCGACUUCGCAAAGACUGCCGGUCAAGAUGUCGGAUUCGCAUCUCCUCCCAAACUUGAGUUCAAAACCCAGUUUGAAGAACGAGAGUAUAUCAAAGGCCGUUUGGCAGGGGCAUAUCGCAUCUUCGGACACUAUGGCUUGAACGAGGGACUCGCUGGACACAUCACCGUUCGCGACCCAAUCGAGCCGGAUACGUUCUGGGUCAAUCCUUUCGGCGUCGAUUUCAACAUGAUCAAGAAGAGCGAUCUCCUCCGUGUGGAUCACAAAGGCAACAUUCUUGACCAUGGCAAAGUGAAGAUCCUCAACAAGGCGGCAUUCCUCAUCCACGGCGCAAUCCACGAAGCUCGACCGGAUGUAUUGUGUGCCGCACAUACGCACUCGAUCUACGGUCGUGCAUUCUGUKCGCUUGGAAAGCCGCUAGAUUCAAUCUCGCUGGAGUCAUGCAUCUUCCACAACGACCACGUUGUGUUCGAGGGCAAAGGCAUCGUUCUGGCGGCUGAUGAAGGCUGUGAUAUUGCAGACAGUCUUGGACAAUGCAAGGCCGCCCUGUUGCGUAAUCACGGCCUUCUCACCGUCGGCCACACCAUCGAGGAGGCCGUCAAUUGGUUUUAUCUUCUCGAUAAAGUCUGCCACGUCCAGUUGCUCGCUGAUGCUGCGGCGAAUGGACGCGGCGGAGAGACGGUCAAAAUGUCAGAUGAGGAAGCCGAAUAUACCAAGGGCAUCGCGGGCUCCCACAAGGCUGGCUGGUUCGGAGGGCAGGCUAUGUUCAAUCUGAUUGACGAGAUCACGGAGAAGAAGUAUCUCCAGUGA